CUGCGCACGCGCAGAGCCGUCGGCCAGGCUGCGCGGCCGCCAGAGGGCGCUCGCCGAGCCCCGGUCCCCGACCCUGCAGCCCAAGCCCCUCAAGAGACUUGACUCAGAAGCCCCGGGGGUCGGGAGCGCAGGCAGCAUCCGAGGAGAUACUCCUGGAUUUGUCUGGAACCAUGACAGAAAGAGGAAAAACCUAAAUCUCCGCGUGCGAACUAUUAACUGAUAAUGGAAAGGCUUCCGGAGAUGACCUCCACGGAUGGCCCCACAAGGGGCAUAGUGGCAGAAAGAUACCUGAUUGAGUCCCACAAGUCUACAGCUCACGUUCCUCUCGCUUGCAGCACACAGCACUGUGCUUUUCCUUUGGAUGGAAACCAUCUCUGUGUGUGGAGCCCUAGGGACCCUUCUCAACAGUUUCUCACCUUACAAGGACACCGCCAGUUGAUUACUGCAGUGGUUUUUGGAAAUCAAACAGACCCACUUCGACUCUGCUCUGCUUCCCAGGAUUGUAUUGUAGUGUGGAAUGUGGACCAAUGUAGGGAGAAGACCCUUGAAGGGCUGACUCCUCGAGGGACUACCCUGGGCUCCCUUUUGCAAACAGUGCUGUGUUUGAGAUUUAGCCUGGACGACCGUGCUGUGGCAGUGUGUGCUGGAAGCAAAAUAUGCGUGAUGGAUGUGGAGAAGCAGUCUGUGCUGGUAGAGCUGCAGGGCCAUCAAGGCUCAGUGACGGCAGUAGAGUUCUGUUCCUGGCAAGCACACAUCCUCAUCUCUGUGUCUGAAGACAGAAGCUUUAAGGUCUGGGACUAUUGUGAGGGAUCCUUGAUAUACAGCUCAUCCAUUUUAACAGCCUACCCUCUCCUGAGUUUGCAUAUCAAUGAAGAAAACCGGCAGCUGGUCACUGGCAGCACUGAUGGCCAGCUGUGGAUCUUUAGCCUGGUGGAGAGACAUCACUACCACUGUGUGGCACACGUGGACCUAAGGAAGAAAAGCGAGACUUUCUCUACCCGAAGAAUGAUGGCUGGGCAGUACAGGCGGCCAGAGGACAGCCGGUACCACUCCAGACACGAGGCGAAUGCCAGGGGAGAAGCUGAAGCAGCAUUCCCGGUCCUGAGCCUGGCGCAGUGUGACCUCUGCCUGCAGGGUUCCCAGUGUGCAGCAUUUUCUUCUGAGUGCACCAGAUGCCUGUGGAUUGGAAGCUCAACAGCUCUAUUCAUAUUUAACCUGGCAAGCGUUGAAUUGGAAGCUGCUUUACAUUUCAAGGAUUUUCAGAGCCUGAGUGUCCAAGUUGCUGGAUCCUGUGCAGUGACGAGUGAGGCCAGGAGCCCCAAGGCAUUUUGCAUCCUUUCCUCUAUGUUUGGAAAUAAGAUCGCCAUGUUAGAAAUCAACCUGUCUGCUCUGCUGAGCUCUCAGAGGUGCCCUGGUGCCGGAAGGACACUUUCCGUGCUGGCAAGCUCCUGUGUCCUGCCAACUUCCCCACUGUGUUUUGGAAUUACUAAGGAAAAGGCUCCUAAGCCUGCUAAUACCAAACGACACGCUGUGAGGAGUGUCAUCGAGGACCGGCCCCUGGUUUUCCACACUAAAAUCAGGUCUUCUGGCUACACAUCAGCCCCGCAUGCGACUAUGUUUUCCCCAAAGACUAACAUCAAGCAUAAUAGCAAAAGAGCUUCAAAAUGCAAGAACAAUUACAAAUGUAAGGAGUAUUCUUUGGAGAGUUUCCUACCCAGAAACCUCAGCAGGCAGGUUGCUGUGGCCCAGGAGCCUGUCGCCGUGAGCUGUGUGCAGUUCUCAGGGGAUGGACAGCGGUUGGCCUGUGGCUUAGCUAACCACCUUUGCCUGGUCUUUGAUGCUAGCCUUUCUGGAACGCCUGCUGCUUUUUCAGGUCACGAUGGAGCUGUGAGCACCGUCUGCUGGAGCCAUGACAAGAGGUGGCUGCUGUCGACAGGCCAGGACCGGACACUGAGGGUGUGGUCAGUCCACAGGACAGAACUCAUGAUGCUUUUGGGUCCAGACUCCUUUCCCAAGCCAGUAACAGCUGCACAGUUCUACUACAUGGACACCUUCAUACUGCUGUCCUCCGGCCCUGAAUUUCGCCUGCUAAAGUACCACAUUGACCUCUGUAGGGAUGACAUACGAAGGUAUAAACCAAAAAGCAGGUAUAAGCCCGUUUUCAGUCUCCCGUUGACCAGUGGAGCAGAUGUGGCCACCUUGUCUGCAGUGAAUGACUUUUAUUCCCAUCUCAUACUCACAGCUGGUCGGGACCGGAGCGUGGAAGUUUUUGACCUUAACGUCGGCCACAGUGCUGCAGUGAUAGCUGAGGUCCAUUCACGGCCUGCCCAUCAAAUCUGUCAAAAUAAAGGAUCAUCAUUUACGACCCAGCCGUCGGUGGCGUAUAAUCUUUUCCUGACCACAGCUGUUGGUGACGGGGUCCGACUGUGGGACCUGAGGACUUUGGGGUGCGUACGGCGCUUCGAAGGACAUCCAAACCGCUCUUACCCUUGUGGAGUUGCUUUUAGUCCCUGUGGAAGGCUCAUGGGCUGUGGUGCAGAGGACAGACACGCGUACGUGUAUGAAAUGGGCUCCAGCAGCUUCCUGUAUCGUCUCGCGGGGCACACAGACACGGUUACCGAAGUGGCCUUCAACCCAGCAGCGCCUCAGCUUACCACUGCCACCUUGGAUGGGAAACUUCAGCUGUUUGUGGUCGAGUGACUGCUGACCUGCCAGUAAGAAUACAGGAAGAAACGAGAGAGAGAAUCCGUGGCUUAGCCAUCGAGUCAGAUGGGGCAGUUUUUAUAGGGGCCUUUGCCGAAUUCCCUGUCUACAGGACUCACCCUCUUCUGAGCUUCCCUCUUCUUAAGAAAUCCCUCAUAGAAACAGUGGAGACAUGGCCCAUCUGCACAGAUAUUCUUCAAUAAAGAUGACCCAGCGUCUGUCUCAUGAUGGUGCUUGAAGAGGAGGCAGAGAGGGAUGGAGAAGAGAGGGUGGGGGCAGGCAGCAGCACUGGACACAACGGAAGCCAGCUCAGCCUCCUCUGUACUCUGUGCCUCUCUGCCCCACGCCUGCCACCGUGGCAGCCACACCUGAGGUGCAAGGUGGCAAGGAUGCCAUGGCCCUGUGCUGUCCACCUUUGAUGCCCCUCUUUGGUCUCUUCAGGAUGAACAAGGCCCAGGGGACAGAAGAUGGACAGCCGUACUCGGUCUGGUCGUCUCAGUCUCUAAUGAGAGGUUCUUAUGAUUGCUUUGGUAUUUGAAAGAUAAAAUGAUUCAUAUUCUGGGGAAUAUGUCAUGGGUUUGCUCAACAUUGGCACAUCCCUGUUGUUUGAAGACAUCAAAGCAAGAAUGUGGUCGUGGUCCCAAGCCUGGCCACAGAGGGAUUUGGCCCAGGCCUUCUGGAAUAAGCAAUUUUUGUUCAUUUUUCCCAUUCCCCUGAAAGGCUUUCUUUGCAGAUGUGGGCCUCAUUCUUUUCACCCAGUUUAAACAGACUACUCUGCUUUCCAGGCCUGUUUUGGGAGGGAGCUGGCCUUUCCUGUGUAGCGUGGCCUUUUUGUAACAGGUGUCUGUGGGUCUCGGGCGCACACAGGCCACAAGCAACAGCCGCCCCCCAGACGCUCAUUCUUGAUACGAUGAUGAAACUGAACUAUUGACACGUUGGUGCCUGACCACAGAAACCUCUCGUGUGAAUGUGUUCUUCAAAAGAAAAGUAGUAACCCUAAAACCGUGCUUUCACCCCCCUUAUUCUUUUAUCCUUCGUGACUUUUACUUUCUUUUUUAUUACUGACCAAAGUUUGCUCAUAUUCUAAUUAGGACCAACUUACUUGGGUUUGUUUCUUCUGUGCAUUUCCUCCGUUAUUAUGCCCAUGGCAUUAGCUUCACAGUGCUCUGCACUCUGAGCUCAUGGGAGCUGUCAGCACCAGAGAGGCUGAGAAGCUCCAUAAACCAUAGGGGGCUUUUUUUUUUUGGUGGAAUUUGGUGACAGUUUAUGGUAGCUGUUGAGGCUCUUAGUCCCUUGGGGCAUGAGGCCUCAAGUUAUCUCCCACUUACUGAUACCUAAGUCUUACUAACCUACUACUGCAUGCACUUGAAUUCGUAAAGAGCAUGCUUAGACAGUUGAUAGUUCAGUUCCCCCUAUUAUCUUGUUGGUGAUGACAUCAUAGGUCUUAGAAGGACAAGAACUGAAUGGAAAUAGCACAGGUAGCUCAGAAGAGAAAUGAUACAGGUUUGAUGGCACAGGUAGCUCAGAAGAGAAAUGAUACAGGUUUGAUGGCACAGGUAGCUCAGAAGAGAUGAUACAAGGGGGCUAUCUGCAGUUUUUGAAGUUGAAAAACAUGAGUGGAAAAGAUGGUCACUCACGUGGAGACAACCAAAGCAAGAAGGAGGUGAAACAGACAGUGAAGACAGGGACAAGAUGGCUGUACCUGGGUCUAGACCAGGGAGUCUGGGGACAGCAUACAGCCAUCUGACAUUGAUUAUUUUAUGACUCUUGAUUUGUUUUUAAAAACUACAUUCAUAGAAAUGUUGCAUUCUCCCUUUGGGUCUUGGAAAAGAGGGUCAACUUAACCUUCUAAACAUGAACCGAGGGGACCUGGCAUUCACUGCACUGGUGCUAUGCAGCCUCCCAGACAAUCCCACCCAGGUCGGCACCAGCUAGUCCCCAGCGUACAGAGGGCUGGGGCAGAAAGCAUCUUUCUCAUGAGGGCCAGCAGCUCUUCUGUCCUUUGCCUGGCAUGCGGGGUGGGAUCAGAGACGACAAGCCACAACCCUAGAGUCUGCACAUGUGAUUGUAGUGUCCCGCAGAGAACAGCCAUGAUUCCUACAGAGCCUGGACCUUUGAAAUCACAAGGCCCGUUGACAUUUGAAUUACGAUAGGAGCUGUUUACAAGAGGGACUUCAAGUUGAGUUGCCAUGUGUCUGCACUGCAACAGCUGGGGCUCCACCCUCCCCCAGUAGAGUAGUGUGCCUAAGACUCUGCCCCUCCCCCGCCUUUGUGAGCACUUGGUUUCCUGGAGGAGCCACCCAUCACUUCAGACUGGUGUCAAGGACCACCGCUCUGAUUUUUCUCUAAGAGUACAAAAGAGGAAGAUGCUGCUGAGUGUAAACUCUGGAAGAAAGGUGUUAAGAGAAAAUACCCCAUCUUCAAUAAAAUGUAUUGAUGCAAAUGCAAA